AAAUGUUAUUGCUUUUUUUCCUACAAAAUAUAAUUGCAGCAAUUGUUAUUCGGACUGUACAAGCGUGGUAUAAAGUAAAACGUUUUAGUAUGAAUUGUGUAAACGAUUAAUUGUAAUACAAAAAUCUGCUAUAAUUAUUAUAAUGUUAAGUGUUACAAAAAAUAUUUUGUUUACCAUCAAUAAUUGCGGGUUACCAACAACUACAUUUGUUCGAAGCCUUAAAUCAUGGACCGGAGGAAUAAAAUAUUUUGGAUUUACUUAUUAUCCUAGAAAAGGAGAAAAAGACCCUCCAUAUGAACCUACUAAGUUGCUUAUGGUAAAAAGAGUGAAAAGUUAUUCAUUUAAUCCAUAUUGGCAAAAAAAAAUAUUGUCAGAUAUGGGCUUAGAUCAUAAGUUGAGUGAUAUUGCUAUUGUAAAAAAUACACCUGAAAUGAAUGCGCGUUUAUGGAAAGUUAAACACCUUAUAAAAAUCACACCAAUUCAAACCCCUGACGGAUUGCCUGAAGAUGGAGAUUAUUGGGGAACUCAUUUAGAUGAAGAAGGUAUAUUUAGAGUAUCGCCUAAAUUUCGACCUGAUCAAAAACGGUUAGAAGUUACAAAUGAAUUUGAAACACUUGAAAAACGAGUAGAUCCUAAAACUGUUGAAAGACAUUGUCAGCUUAAAUGGUUAAAUCCUUGGUCAACCAUUGUGUAAACAAAAUAAUAGAUAUGUAGUGAUAAUAAAUAUGAUGUAUACAAACUUAAACAUUAUUUAUUAUUUUAAUUAAAACAUGUUAUUUGUACAUAAAAAAUAAAUAAAUAUAUUAAUAAAGAAUAAAAUUGUUCAAGUAAUUUUAAAUCAAAUGUAUUAUAGUUUUUAUAAUGCAUUAUAAUGUGUUUUACAUUACUUAAAUGUUA